AUGUUUCUCCUCCUGCUUGCCACCAAAGUCCUUGUCUGCCAUCUUGCUUUGGCAUCAGCAAAGGCCAUAGCAGACAACGUAUGGCAAGACACGCACAACACCAGCCAUUCCAAUCAGCAAGAGCCAAUCAAGUCAGCAUGGGUCAUCACACCAGAAACGUCCAUUACCCGAGACGGUCACUUCACGGUAGAUGCGGAUGAUAUUGUCACCGUAUCAGUCCCCAACGGCACUCGUUGGCAUGCGGAUGGAUUAGAAGUGGUCAAAUCGGGAAAAAGCUCCAGCAUCGGCGCAACAGCUAGACUAAAAAAUCUCAACCUCCAAGCCCACAAUGGUUCCAUUGGUCUCUUCGCCCAUGGCAAUGCCGCCAUUGUUUUGAGCGACUCCCAGAUGCUUAGCAGCGGCCCAGUCGGACACUCGGUCUUUGCUACAGCUGGCAGCUUUAUCCACAUGAGCGGUAUAUCAGCCGUAACUACAGGCCCCCGGAGCAGCAUCGCGGCUGCAUCAACCAUGCGCUCCCGUAUCCAGAUAGAAAGCUCAGAAGCACUCACUACUGGGCCCGGGAGCCCAUGCCUAUUCAGUCUGGGUGGUGCUUUGAAUGCCCAACAAUUCAGAUGUGUCUCAGUGGAAAGCCCAUUCCUUGUAGUCGACAGUACAAAUGCUGUUUGGCAAGACCAUAUAGCAGUCACUCUGGAUCAAGUUGAGGCCGCAGCAGGCGGGUUUGCGACCAUCGUCAUGUUUGACAAUACAACCCGUCUGAACCUGCGACCUACACCCCAGCUAAGGUUAAGGGAUACGACUCUAACUGCUGUUCAGCCGGAAGCGGUCGGGAUGUGGUUCGCCAACACUUGGGGGAGAGUUGACAUAGCGCAGAGCACAAUCAUCGCCAAUGGUACUCUGGUCCGAGCUGUCGCCGGUAUGCCUGUCCCACAUGACUUGAGCGAAUUCGGAAAGAGGCAGUCCGGAGACGCGAGUACAGCUCUCAUAAUCAAUGUGGUUCAAUCCUCCCUUAGAGGUGAUGUCGUGCUCAGCGGCAAGGGUGCCAUCGACUGGCGACUGACGGAAAUGUCUGAAUGGAUUGGUUCGGCCGUGGAGGGACACAGUGACAGCAACGUCGAUAUCAGUGUCUCUCAAAACUCUAUAUGGAGGUUGACAAAUCAUACACACGUCCACAAAUUCAUGAACGACGACCCGACGCUCGGAAACAUUGAUAGUCAAGGCUUCAACUUGACCUACUGCAAGAAUGUGUCCAACAUUGCAGUUCCGGUUUCUGCCCUCGCAGGCGGCGGGUUUGCUGUUGGUCUACCGGAGUGA